AUGCUGUGUGAAACAAAUCGAAUUGAUGAUGGUAUGCUGCUUGAACUUUGGAAUAAAGGUGUCCUUUGGGAUAAACUUCUUGGUGUGCAUUAUUUAACAUUAACAUCGGUGCAAUAUAGCAAUGAGGCAGGACCCGGUAAAUGGUUACAAAUUGACCAGGAACUGGAAACUCGAAAUGGUCAAACGGUUGGAACGUGUCGUCCAACCGGACAUUCCAUUCUCGUUGAUGUACGCUUCGAAUUACCAUAUGAUGCACAAGGUGCUAAUGCGGAAGAGUUACAAGCAAAGUUGCAAGAAUUGAGUCGUCUCAUCGAAAUUGGUGUUAGUUUUCGAACUUUUCUAAGUUUAAUUUUAAUUGUUUAA